UUGUCCCCCCUAGUUUCAGAUGUAUCCAGAAUGGCAUUACAGCAAUGGUAUAGGAGGGAUGGAGACGGGUUCGGACCUGGUAUUUAUAUGCCAAGACAAAAAACAAAUUAGAGCUCAUAGAUGUUUACUGGCCGGGCAUUCCUUGCUACUUAAAGAUAUCCUGGAGAACCUGGAGAAUAUUGAGGAGAAGGAGUACACUGUCCUCCUCCCCUCUGUACACAGCCAGCACAUGGAGAACCUUAUCAAGGUUCUGUAUGGAGUAGAUAAAUCAAGUUGUGUUCCGCUGUAUUUACUCCGGGUUCUCGGUAUAUCUCAGGAGGAAACUCAGAGAACUGAGAAAGAAUCAAUGAAUAAAGAAAACGCCAGACCCAAUUCUCCUUUGUCAGAGCACAUGUGCAGUUUGUGCAACGUUAAUUUCACAAAACGUGGCGGACUCAGCAAGCAUUUUAAAACUAAAAUUUGUUUAAAACGAGGGUUGAAAAUGCCUAGAUCUCAAUCCAGGAAUUGCAAUUCUCGUUCCGAAUCCCGAGCCAGCAAUUCUCGUCCUGAAUCCCAAGCUAACAAUUCUCGUCCUGAAUCCCGAGCUAGCAAUUCUCGUCCUGAAUCCCGAGCUAGCAAUUCUCGUCCUGAAUCCCGAGCUAGCAAUUCAUGUUCCGAAUCUCGAGCUAGCAAUUCUCGUCCUGAAUCCCGAGCUAGCAAUUCAUGUUCCGAAUUUCGAGCUAGCAAUUCAUGGUCCGAAUCCCGAGUUAGCAAUUCUCGUCCUGAAUCCCAAGCUGGUUUUAGAAACUCAAAAAGUAAUACCCCAGAAAGAUCUGAAUUCAGGUUUAAGUGUAGUAAGUGUAGUGCUUGGUUUCCUCUUGUGUCCCAAGCCGAGGUGCAUAUUAAAACAUGCGGGAAGCAGGAGGGGGAAGAGGACCAGGAUGAGGAUGAGGAGGAGAUAAGGGAUGAUGAUAAGGAGGAGAUAAGUGAUGAUGAGGAUGAGGAGGAGAUAAGGGAUGAGAAUGAGAAGGAGGAAGAGGAGGAAGAAGAAGGAGAGGAGGUGUACCAGUGCGGGGAGUGUGAUCUGAUAUUGUCCGACUACGAGAGUAUGCAGGAGCAUGUAAGAAGUCAUCCUGAUGAAAACCUUCCUGAAGAAAACCUUCCUGAUGAAAACCCCCCUGAUGUAAACCUUCCUGAUGAAAACCCCCCUGAUGAUAUCCCCCGUAAUGAAAACAAAUCCGAUACUGAGCUUGAAAAGGCUGUUAAGAACUCUGAGUUUGUACUGGAAGUCGAUCAGGACGAGGUUGAUAGCAUAGAGAUGGAGGAGAAGAACGUUGCUGUGGACUUAGAUGAUGAUGACGUAGAAGAUGAACUGGUUGCUCUAGAGGAAGAAGAUGAUGAGAUAACCCUGGAACUAGGAGAAGAAGAAGAUCUAGAAGAAGAAACACUAGUUCAAGAAAUUGAAUUUAGAGAUGAAAACAAGAUUGGCAAAUCUCAAGAGUUAGUUACAGAAGAAGUAAUAGACGACGAUACUGAACAUAUGAUUAUUAUCGACGAGUAUAAGGUACCUAAUCCUGUAGAGGAGGGGGAUAUUAAUACCACUGAGGUCCUUGUUCAGACAGAAGACGGUGAUGAGAUCUCUGAACGCGGACACAUCCCAACUCCAUAUAUCCUCGCAUCCUUCAUGUGCACAAUGUGGAGAAGUAUUUAUGUCACAGAUAGAAUUUAAGAAGCACAUGCAAACUCAUGAAGCAAACAUUGUGGUUUCUACAUAUCAGAGUAAGGAGGUAAGAGAUGCAGUCGCUAGUAUAAGCCGAGCUGGUAGCACACCGGUCAAACUACCAAAACAGAAACACAGGUUUUCAGAUUUGUUUGCGUUCAGAUGCGAACUAUGUUCCCGAGUAUUCAGUAGUGAACAGGUUCUAAAUAUUCAUGUACUGGGUGUACAUGGGAGCAUUACAGCUACUAUAGAUAGUCCAGACUUCGAGAUCAGUAUAGUAGAGAGCAGCAGCUACCCCUGUCAAUUCUGCUCUACUGAACUAUGCUCUGUCGAUGAACUGAACGAGCAUACAAGAGAGAACCAUCAAGCACUCUUUGAUGCACUCAGCCCGUCUAAGCUUGGAGCUGAUCUGUGCGUAGAUGUAGAUGAAGAGGUUCUUCUAGCUGCUCAUGUUCCCCUAAUAUCACACGGGGAACAUCAGCUAGUUUCCCCAUUCAGGGAUAUAUCGGCUGAUCAGGUAGCUGUACAAGAGGUUAGGUUGACCUACACUUGUGCCACGUGUACAACUGUGUACACGGAUCUGAAUCUGUUAACUAAACACAUUACAGCUGAUCAUCCACCGGAUAUUACGCAGCUCAAACCGGUUUCAUGCGCGCACUGUACAAAAACAUUUGUAAGUCCGCGUACACUAGAGAAGCACUACACACUCCUUCAUGCAGGUUUGGCCCCUAAGUAUACGUGUUCUGUAUGUGACAAAGAAAUUAAAUCCUCUGUAGGUCUAGUGAAACAUCUUGCAUCACAUUGUAAUGAAAGAAAGUUUAAGGGGGCGAACUCUUUAGAAACUCACUUUAAGAAAUGCCCGAAAAUAUCCAGAAGCCAGGGUGAGUCUCCUGUGGCUGAGCUAAGGUUGAGCCCUGAGAAUGGUCUUCGAACCUGGAACUGUAUUGGCUGUGAGGAUGAGUUCUCUACCCUUGAACUUUACAACAACCAUUCCUGCAGGAAGCAAAAUAUUGGGUCUCAGAAGCAGUGUGACGAAUGUGGAGAAGUUUUUUCUAAUGAUGAACUUCUCAAGAAUCACAUGAAGAUCCACAAUAGCAUUGAAGAGAAAACAAAUUCCCGUGGAGGCAAAAAGACUAAACUUUCUGACAAAUUCCUGAUUCAAGACGAAUACGAUUCUGAGGACGACUUCAACAUUAACAAAAGAGUUUUGGACAGAUCUUCGGACGAAGAGCCCCUAAGUAGUAAUGAAUCGUCUGUUGACAAUGAUUCGGACGAAUCUAACUACUCGGACGAAUCUAACUACUCAGACGACACCAACGGAAUUCAUAAAGAGAGUUGGAGUUCAAAGAAAAUUGUAAGAUCAAAGAAGAAAACGAAGCCAAAAGAUGGAUCAACAAAUAAUGGUCCGUCCCCCAGAACUCCUGAUACAGCAGCUAACAAAAAAAUGAAACAUAUUUGCCAGGAGGGAAAUUGUAGAAAAGCCUACACGAAACCUGGACAUCUUAAAGAUCAUGUAAUAGUCUGCCACACUAGAGAUUUUCCCUAUAAUUGCACGACCUGUGGUAGAGGUUUCAUCCGACCCGGUACAUACAACUCACACAAGUGCAAUCCAACCGAUGUCGGUGUAAAAAGAUCUAAAGAAGAGAAUCUUGAAACUGGGAAGAAAAUUGAAACUAAAAGCGUUGCUAGGAAAUCUGUGGUUCCGCUUGAGGUUGAAGGAACGGAAGUUACGGGUGAUAACGGAGGAAACGGUUUAUUUAGCUGCUCAGUUUGUUGCUUCUCAACCAAUGUCGGAGCAGUGUUCACCAGUCAUUUGACAAGCAUUGAGCAUAGGAGAAAUGUAAGCCCGGAGGAGUUGAUCGAACCUGAUGAUAACCUAAAGGAGAAGGAUGAAGAGGAAGAAUGUGCUCCUCAUGAUAUUGAUUUAGUUGUGAGUAGAUCAGGACGGAAAAUUAUUCCUAAGAAGUUCUCCGAUGACUUUACGGUUGAAGACUCUAAGAGAAAGAUUGAUCUGUCCGUGGAGAGAAACCAGAAGAAGAGUCGAUUGGCGUCUCCGGUCAAACCAUCUCCGACCAAACCAUCUCCAACCAAACCAUCUCCAACCAAAACCUCUCAGGCCAAACCCUCUCCCGCUAAAUCAACUCCAACCAAACCUUCUCUGACUAAAUCCAACUCUAAACUAUCCCCAGAGAAACCUUGCGAGAUUUGUUUAAUGAAGUUUAAGGACAACACCAGUCUGUUCCUUCAUCUUCUUGAACAUGUUCCUGAAAGCAUAAAAUCUACCCUACCCACCAGGGACCAGGCCUGGUGUCCUCAUUGCCCGGGCCCUAUACUAGUGCACCAGGUUGAAGAGCAUUUAGCAGAGGAGCAUUCUAACCUAGUAUCGGACCUCAUCAGUAGUGAGUACGGCGGGGUCAAGAUAAACAAGAUCCCCUGGGACCCUGAGCAAACAGAUUCAGAUCAUUCAGAAUUCGAGAACUCAAUGUCAGAUCAACAUCAGUCAGAUCAACAUAUGUCAGAUCAACAACUAAGGAAAAAGUACGGGUGCAGGCAAUGCCAUGUGAUAUUAAAGAUGAAGAUUUGAACUUCCGGUCAGAGAGAGCACUUCCGGUUGGAGAGUUCAACAACACUUCCUCAACCCACCCCUCCCCUUAGGAAUUGAGGAGGAGGGGGGGGGGGGGGGUGAGUAAUAAUCAUACCUCAAAGUUGUAUAAUGUAUUUAAUUUGAUAAAACUAAACAACCUAUUUUUUUAUAUUUUUGAUCUAAAACCCGAAAAUUUGUAUUUUAGUAUUAAAGUUGUAAAAUAGUUUAUCUUGUGAAAUAUAAAAAGUUAUAUUGAUCCAAAA